AUGACUCUUAUCUCUUCAAUUUCCAAGAUGGGCAACAUCCAGCAACCAAGCAGUGUCUCUGCCACCAAGAUGGGAGCUACCUCUCCCAACGCCUCUAUGGGUAUCCAGGGUGCAAACAACACUUCGGGAUUGAUCGACCUUAACAUCCUGGCCAACAUUCUCGGUCUGAUUGGAAUCCACGUCGAUCUCCAUAUUCUCUAA